AUGAGUUCACAUUUUUUAGGAUGUAUGAAUUGUGCUUUUCUAGUAAUUGUGGGCGCAGCUGGUGGUCAUAAAAAAGAAUGGACUUAAGAACGAAAAGAUACAUUUUAAAAGGCUCAGUUUUAUCAUUUUACUAAUGGAGCAGGAAUAAUAUUAAGCUCAUUUGUUAAUUAAUCAAUGUAACUAAGUUCUGUAUUAUUUAUAUUAGGAACUGCUUUAUUUUGUGCUUCUUUGUAUCAUAAAGCAUUUACUUAAAAAGAUGAUUAUUCAAAGAUUUACCCUCCUUUUGGAGGGAUGUGUAUGAUUUUAGGAUGGAUAGCAUUAGCUUUGAAAAAAUGA